GUAUCAGUUCAAAACAAAUCUGAUUUCGAAUAAGACACAUCUCAUCUCAUCUCUCAAUAUGAAGUGGAUUUUUCUCAAUUGCUUUAGGCCGCCAGCGGUACCAAAGGACGCUGGAGAAGCUAUAAAAGCAAAGGAGGAAAGAAAAAAGGAUAAAGAAGGAAAGAAAAAGAAACCCUGGCUGAAGAAGCUUUUUACAAAAAAAGGGAAAGGAAAAAAGGCAAUGGUGGUGGAGAGCCAGACAGUGGCGAUGGAGGAGGAUAGCCAGACAUUGGCGAUGGAGGAUAGCCAGACAUUGGCGAUGGAGGAUAGCCAGACAUUGGCGAUGGAGGAGGAUAGCCAGACAUUGGCGAUGGAGGAUAGCCAGACAUUGGCGAUGGAGGACAGCCAGACAUUGGCGAUGGAGGACAGCCAGACAUUGGCGAUGGAGGACAGCCAGACAGUGGAGGUGGAGGAGGAAAGCCAGACAGUGGCAGUGAAGGAGGAGAGCCAGGCAAAGGUGGAGAAGGAGGAGAGCCAGGCAAAGGUGGAGAAGGAGAAGUACAAGGCAAUGGAGGAGGAGGAGAAGUACAAGACAAUGGAGGAGGAGGAGGAGUACAAGGCAAUGGAGGAGGAGGAGUACAAGGCAAUGGAGGAGGAGGAGUACAAGGCAAUGGAGGAGGAGGAGUACAAGGCAAUGGUGAAGGAGGAGUACAAGGCACUGGAGGAGGAGGAGUACAAGGCAAUGGUGGAGGAGGAGUACAAGGCAAUGGUGAAGGAGACAUACAAGGCAAUGGUGAAGGAGGAGUACAAGGCAAUGGAGGAGGAGAAGUACAAGGCAAUGGAGGAGGAGGAGAAGUACAAGGCAAUGGAGGAGGAGGAGAAGUACAAGGCAAUGGAGGAGGAGGAGUACAAGGCAAUGGAGGAGGAGGAGUACAAGGCAAUGGUGAAGGAGGAGUACAAGGCACUGGAGGAGGAGGAGUACAAGGCAAUGGUGGAGGAGGAGUACAAGGCAAUGGUGAAGGAGACAUACAAGGCAAUGGUGAAGGAGGAGUACAAGGCAAUGGAGGAGGAGUACAAGGCAAUGGAGGAGGAGGAGUACAAGGCAAUGGAGGAGGAGGAGUACAAGGCAAUGGUGGAGGAGGAGUAUAAGGCAAUACUGGAGGAGGAGUACAAGGCAAUGGUGGAGGAGGGGUACAAGACAAUGGUGGAGGAGGAGUACAAGGCAAUGGUGAAGGAGACGUACAAGGCAAUGGUGGAGGAGGAGUACAAGGCAAUGGUGAAGGAGAAGUACAAGGCAAUGGUGGAGGAGUACAAGGCAAUGGUGGAGAAGAGCAAGGCCAGUAGUGGAUGAGACAGUCAGUGUUCUAUGUUCAAUCAGUACUACUUAAAAAUGUAAAUACUUGUAAAUAAAGCAUUAAAAACGAAAAA